GGUUUUCUUUGAACAUUUUCAGCAGACUUCCCAAUAUCGUAUUGAGUUACACACAAGCCUGGGAUUGAGUGCAUUGGCAGGUUUCCAGUCUUUUAUCCUCUCCAUCAGAACACUGUCAGGACAGCAUUUAGCCCGAGAAAAGAACAGGAAAUGCCAAGCGUUCAUACAGUAUUGAAGAACUCACAGCAGUUCCCAUGGAUAAAUCUCCUAAACAAACAAACAAGUGAGUUGACGGUCCAAAUGGCAUCGAUCAAAGAUCUUGACGUCGGGGAGAAGUUCAGCAGCAAGCUAGAGGAAAUCCGGACUAAACUGUUGUCCCAGGCGAUGGGUGAAAUGCUGAACGAGGCUACAGUGGAGUUCUGCCAAGCGCACAAACAGUACAUGAAGUCUGUUCUGGAUACAUGCUCGAAAAAAUGCUGGGAUGACGAGACCAUGUUCGAGACCAUACAGGUUUAUACGGAAGAGCUGAAACGUCAGAAUUCCGUCAUGAGGGAGAGAAGUGGAGAACGGCCAGAAAUCUUGGGAUCGAUCCAGGACAAAGAAAGCCAUAAAGAACUCCUUAUUCAGAAGAUUGAGAAGCUGAAGCAAGAGCAGGCCAAGAACAGAGAAAUGAUUCACUCACAAAACAAAGCCAACAAGGACCGGCUAAAGAACCUGAACAAAAUUAAAGAGAUCUUCCAGGAACGGCUAAGCCUCGAGAUCCGAAAAAUCCAGGGUGAGAAGCUGCAAUUCAUCUUCAGAAACAUCAACCACAAGAAUCCACAAAGUGCCUACACUUUUCUUUUAAGGAUAACUGAGGAUGGAGUGUACCAGAUUGCCUCCUGUGAUCCUCCCCUGGCACAGAUGGAUCAUCUGGAGCGUCGACUGCAGGAAACCAACAACCUCUCUGCGUUUCUGUCUAAUGUCAGGAAAGAAUUUGUCGCACUAAACAAUAUUACAAAGACUGCCUAACUCUGUACAGAUAUUAAUGAUAAGCUCAGUCCUGUACAUGUUUAACUGUUAAGAAGCUAUAAUACAGUUGGCCUUUUACUGGCAAGACUCUUCAGUAGCCUGUACUGACUUAUGCUUGUGCUUAUUUUUUUUAGUAUUGUACUUUUAACGUUCUUAUUGUUAUAUAUGUGUGUGUGUGUGUGUGUGUGUGUGUGUGUGUGUGUGUGUGUGUAUUUUUGGA